AUGUCUACGCAUCAUGCAGUGCCUACGAGGCACGGGGAAACACAAAGCAAGCCGGGAAUACCAAAUAAGCCUGCGCCAGGCAUCUCCUACUUUACUCCAGCCCAAGUACCUCCAAGUGGAACGGCAUCCGAUCCACAGCCAGACAACACGCCAAUUCCCAAACUCUUCACGCCGCUCAAAAUCCGCGACCUUACUCUUCAAAACCGCAUCAUUCUCGCUCCCCUUUGCCAAUACAGCGCCGUAAACGGACACCAUACGGCAUGGCAUUUCGCACAUCUAGGUGGCAUCAUCUCACGUGGUCCAGGCCUCGCUAUAAUCGAAGCCACCUCCAUAACGCCGGAAGGACGCAUCACGCCUGAAGACUCGGGGAUCUGGUCCGAUGACCACCUAGAAGGGGAAUGGGGCCUCAAGAAAAUCGUCGAAUAUGCGCAUUCGCAGGGCCAGAAGAUCGCUAUCCAGAUCGCGCAUGCGGGUCGGAAAGCUAGCACCGUUGCGCCUUGGUUAUCUCACGGUGCUGUGGCUACGAAGGAUGUCAAUGGAUGGCCUGACGAGGUUGUGGCGCCGAGUGCGGUUGCUUAUAACGCCGACCAUGCGAUGCCGAAGGCGUUGAGCCUUGAGGAGAUUGAGGAUUUGAAGACCGCAUGGGUUGCUGGUGUUAGGAGAGCGGUUAAAGCAGGAUUCGAUGUGAUUGAGAUCCAUAAUGCUCAUGGAUACUUGUUGCAUGAAUUCUUGUCGCCGGUCUCCAAUCACCGCACAGAUAAAUACGGAGGCAGUUUCGAAAACAGGACGCGAUUAACGCUGGAGAUUGUGGAGUUGACACGGAAAGAAAUGCCCAAGGGAAUGCCGCUGUUUUUGAGAAUCAGUGCGACUGACUGGUUGGAGCAUGACGGGUUCAAGGGGGACUCAUGGAAGUUGAGUGAUACAGUCAAGCUCGCUCCUUUGCUUGCAGAAAGAGGUGUGGAUGUACUUGAUGUUUCAUCUGCUGGUAAUGAUCCGGCUCAGAAAAUCUCUCCGGGUCCUGGGUACCAAGCUCCAUUGUCGAAAGAAAUCAAGAAGGCUGUGGGUGACAAGUUAUUGGUUGGAAGCGUGGGAUCGAUUACAAGUGGGAAACAGGCAGAGGCUAUUUUGACCGGCAAAGGGGAAGGGAGUCAUGGGGAUACGGAAGUUGACUUUGCGUUCGUAGGACGCAUGUUCCAGAAGAAUCCUGGUCUUGUGUGGGCGUGGGCUGAAGAAUUAGGUGUAGAGAUCAACGUGGCGAACCAGAUGAGAUGGGGCUUUGGGGGUAGACCUGGGGCACCGAAGAAGCAAAAAUCCAGCUUCUAA